AUGGCGGACGGCAAUGCUUACCCCGCAAAGAGACGGCGUCUCGACACUCGUGGCUCCCGUUCCCAGGAGUCAUCCUCAGACGAGCUGGGGGCCAACUCGGACGUCGAGCGGCGAAGAGCAAGCUGGCUGAAGCAGGUGCGCACAACUUAUCACUCUCCAAGGCCGUUCAAGUCCACUCCCAGCAAGACCAUGCACAGCGAUUCCGACAGCCCCGAUGAACUGGCCGCCGACCACCACAGCCCAUAUUGGCGGAGGCAGAGCGCGAUGCGUCGCAGCAUACUCUCCACACCGCGGGACAGCAGUAGAUCGGAAACGCACCGGCGGGAUGACUUGGAUGACGACGAUGAUGAUGACGAUGACGAUGGGGGAGAAAGCAGCGAUAUCGCGUCCGAUGAUGAGAAUAUAGAAGGCGAAGACGUCGAGAGGCCAGUGCGCGUGCGGACACCGACCCCUCCGCCGCCGCCUCCGCCGCCUAAACCAGAGAGGCUGAAUUACAAGGAGAGACUGGUCUUGAGGGGGCAUCAGAGGGGAGUUUCAAUGGUUCAGUUCUCGCCGGAUGGAUCAAUGAUUGCCAGUUGCUCUGCGGAUGCUACCAUACGAACUUGGAAUUCUUCCACCGGAAAGCUCAUACACACGUUUGAAGGCCAUCUUGCUGGCAUAUCCACCUUGUGUUGGAGUCCCGAUGGCACCUUCAUCGCCUCACGCUCAGAUGACAAGUCCAUAAGACUCUGGGAACGUUUUAACAGGAAAACAACAUCCAACACCUUUCUUGGUCACCACAAUUACGUGUACUCCAUCGCCUUCUCCCCCAAAGGCAACAUGCUCGUUAGCGGUUCCUAUGACGAAGCCGUUUUUCUCUGGGACGUCCGCUCAGCCCGUAUUAUGCGAUCCCUUCCAGCCCAUUCCGACCCCGUUGCCGGCAUCGACGUGAUACGCGACGGUACGCUGAUAGUUUCCUGUGCGAGCGACGGCCUAAUCCGCAUCUGGGACUCCGCGACCGGACAAUGUUUACGGACACUGGUCCAUGAAGAUAACCCACCUGUGACGGGGGUAAAAUUCUCGCCGAAUGGGAAGUAUGUGCUCGCAUGGUCUUUGGAUGGGUGUGUACGACUGUGGGACUACGUGGAAGGCCGCUGUAUAAAAACCUACCAAGGUCACAAGAACGAAAAGUACAGCAUAUCCGGCGGAUUCGGGACGUACAACGCGCCGGGUGGACCGCCAAUUGCGUUUGCGUUUAGUGGAAGUGAAGACGGCGCCGUGCUGUGGGAUGGACAGGACGGUCCGGCUGUGGCAAGAGGAGGAGCUUGCGGAGAAUGUCCCCGAAGCCGAGUUGCCCAAGGCGACUUCCGAUGA